AUGCAUCUGUCAUACCUGAGGGAAGAGUUGCCUGUGGCUAUCCAGGCUGGACUGUUAGAAAGCACUAUGCCACACAAGACCAUCAACGCCCAUGGACUGCUUGGCAAGAAUAUACCAAAAUAUCUUGCUAUGGAAUUCCUGAACAAGGCGAAGGAUGGUCUGACACGCCCACAGAGCCCCCAGCAGUCAGACACGGAUAGCCCACAGAGCCCCCAGCAGUCAGACACGGAUAGCCCACAGAGCCCCCAGCAGUCAGACACGGAUAGCCCACAGAGCCCCCAGCAGUCAGACACGGAUAGCCCACAGAGCCCCCAGCAGUCAGACACGGAUAGCCCACAGAGCCCCCAGCAGUCAGACAUGGAUAGCCCAUAG